AGUCCCGCUCCGCGCGGCGCUGCUCCGCUACGGCUCCCGCUCGCCUUGGGCUCAGGCUCGGCUCCGGUGGCGUCGCCUUCCUAGCAGCGGGUCCCUAGGACCCAGGCGGCGGCGCCCCAGCCAUGGCCCGUGCUCAGGCUCUGGUCCUGGCGCUCACCUUCCAGUUCUGCGCGCCGGAGACCGAGACUCCCGCAGCUGGCUGCACCUUCGAGGAGCCGAGUGACCCAGUCGUGCCCUGUGAGUACAGCCAGGCUCAGUACGAUGACUUCCAGUGGGAACAAGUGCGGAUCCACCCUGGCACCCGGGCCCCUGCGGACCUGCCCCAUGGUGCCUACUUGAUGGUCAAUGCUUCCCAGCAUGCUCCAGGCCAGAGGGCUCACAUCGUGUUCCAGACCCUGAGUGAGAAUGACACCCACUGUGUGCAGUUCAGCUACUUCCUGUACAGCCGGGAUGGGCACAGCCCAGGCACCCUGGGCGUCUAUGUGCGUGUGAAUGGGGGCCCCCUGGGCAGCGCUGUGUGGAACAUGACUGGAUCCCACGGCCGGCAGUGGCACCAGGCCGAGCUGGCUGUCAGCACCUUCUGGCCCAAUGAGUAUCAGGUGCUGUUUGAGGCCCUCAUCUCCCCAGACCACAAGGGCUACAUAGGCUUAGAUGACAUCUUGCUCUUCAGCUACCCCUGUGCGAAGGCCCCUCACUUCUCCCGCCUCGGAGACGUGGAGGUCAAUGCGGGCCAGAAUGCAUCCUUCCAAUGCAUGGCAGCAGGCAGAGCCGCAGAGGCAGAGCGCUUCCUUCUCCAGCGGCAGAGUGGGGUGUUGGUGCCUGCGGCCGGGGUGCGGCAUAUCAGCCACCGCCGCUUCCUGGCCACUUUCCCGCUGGCCUCCGUAGGCCGAGCAGAGCAGGAUCUGUACCGCUGUGUGUCUCAGGCCCCACGCGGGGCUGGUGUCUCCAACUUCGCAGAGCUCAUCGUCAAAGAGCCUCCCACCCCCAUCGCGCCCCCACAGCUGCUGCGUGCAGGCCCCACCUACCUCAUCAUCCAGCUCAACACCAACUCCAUCAUUGGCGACGGGCCGAUCGUGCGCAAGGAGAUCGAGUACCGCAUGGCACGGGGCCCGUGGGCCGAGGUGCACGCGGUCAACCUGCAGACCUACAAGCUGUGGCAUCUUGACCCAGACACCGAGUAUGAGAUCAGUGUGCUGCUCACGCGCCCGGGGGACGGAGGCACGGGUCGCCCGGGACCACCGCUGCUCAGCCGGACCAAGUGUGCAGAGCCCAUGAGAGCCCCCAAAGGCCUGGCGUUUGCAGAGAUCCAGGCUCGCCAGCUGACCCUGCAGUGGGAGCCCCUGGGCUACAAUGUGACACGUUGUCACACCUAUGCUGUGUCCCUCUGCUAUCACUACACCCUGGGGGGCAGCCACAAUCAGACCGUCCGGGAGUGCGUGAAGAUGGAGCGGGGUGCCAGCCGCUACACCAUCAAGAACCUGCUGCCCUUCAGGAAUGUCCACGUGCGUUUGAUCCUCACAAACCCCGAGGGGCGCAAGGAGGGCAAGGAGGUCACCUUCCAGACAGAUGAAGAUGUGCCUGGUGGGAUUGCAGCCGAGUCCCUAACCUUCACUCCACUGGAGGACAUGAUCUUUCUCAAGUGGGAGGAGCCCCAGGAGCCCAAUGGCCUCAUCACUCAGUAUGAGAUCAGCUACCAAAGCAUCGAGUCCUCGGACCCAGCAGUGAACGUGCCUGGCCCGCGACGCACCAUCUCCAAACUCCGAAAUGAGACUUACCAUGUCUUCUCCAACCUGCACCCCGGCACCACCUACCUCUUCUCUGUGCGUGCCCGCACCAGCAAGGGCUUCGGCCAGGCAGCUCUCACUGAGAUUACUACCAACAUCUCAGCUCCCAGCUUUGAUUAUGCUGACAUGCCGUCACCCCUGGGUGAGUCUGAGAACACCAUCACAGUGCUGCUGAGGCCGGCCCAGGGUCGCGGAGCACCCAUCAGCGUGUACCAGGUGGUUGUGGAGGAAGAGAGGCCACGGCGGCUGCGGCGGGAGCCGGGAGGUCAGGACUGCUUCUCCGUACCUCUGACCUUCGAGACAGCGCUGGCUCGCGGCCUGGUGCACUACUUCGGGGCUGAACUGGCUGCCAGCAGCCUGCUUGAGGCCAUGCCCUUCACUGUGGGUGACAACCAGACCUAUCGUGGCUUCUGGAACCCGCCGCUUGAACCCAGGAAGGCCUACCUCAUCUACUUCCAGGCAGCAAGUCACCUGAAAGGGGAAACCCGGCUGAACUGCAUCCGAAUUGCCAGGAAAGCUGCUUGCAAGGAGAGCAAGCGACCCCUCGAAGUGUCCCAGAGAUCCGAGGAGAUGGGGCUCAUCCUGGGCAUCUGUGCAGGUGGCCUCGCUGUUCUCAUUCUCCUCCUGGGGGCUAUCAUUGUCAUCAUUCGCAAAGGGAGAGACCGCUAUGCCUACUCCUACUACCCGAAGCCAGUGAACAUGACUAAGGCCACAGUCAACUACCGCCAGGAGAAGAGUCACAUGAUGGGUGCUGUGGACCGCAGCUUCACGGACCAGAGCACCCUGCAGGAGGAUGAGCGCCUGGGCCUGUCCUUCAUGGAUGCUCCUGGCUACAGUCCUCGGGGAGACCAGCGAAGCAGCGGGGUCACCGAGGCCAGCAGCCUCCUGGGGGGCUCCCCUCGGCGCCCGUGUGGCCGGAAGGGAUCCCCGUAUCACACAGGACAGUUGCACCCCGCAGUACGGGUGGCCGACCUCCUGCAGCACAUCAACCAGAUGAAGACCGCGGAGGGCUAUGGCUUCAAGCAGGAAUAUGAGAGUUUCUUUGAAGGCUGGGAUGCCACCAAAAAGAGAGACAAGCUCAAGGGCAGCCGGCAGGAGACAGUGUCAGCCUAUGACCGUCACCGAGUGAAACUGCACCCAAUGUUGGGAGACCCGGAUGCCGACUACAUCUCCGCCAACUACAUAGACAUUCGGAUAAACCGGCAAGGAUACCACAGGUCAAAUCACUUCAUAGCCACUCAAGGGCCGAAGCCUGAGAUGAUCUACGAUUUCUGGCGCAUGGUGUGGCAGGAACAGUGUGCAAGCAUCGUCAUGAUCACCAAGCUGGUAGAGGUGGGCAGGGUAAAGUGUUCUCGCUACUGGCCUGAAGAUUCAGACAUGUAUGGGGACAUCAAGAUCACGCUGGUAAAGACAGAGACUCUGGCUGAGUAUGUGGUGCGCACCUUUGCCCUGGAGCGGAGAGGCUACUCAACCCGGCACGAGGUCCGCCAGUUCCACUUCACAGCGUGGCCCGAGCAUGGCGUCCCUUACCAUGCCACGGGGCUGCUGGCCUUCAUCCGGCGUGUGAAGGCUUCCACUCCACCGGAUGCUGGGCCCAUUGUCAUCCACUGCAGUGCAGGCACUGGCCGCACAGGCUGCUACAUCGUCCUGGACGUGAUGCUGGACAUGGCGGAGUGUGAAGGCGUCGUGGACAUUUACAACUGCGUGAAAACCCUCUGUUCCCGGCGGGUCAACAUGAUCCAGACUGAGGAACAGUACAUCUUCAUCCAUGAUGCAAUCCUGGAGGCCUGCCUGUGUGGGGAGACCACCAUCCCUGUCAAUGAGUUCAAGGCCACCUACAGGGAGAUGAUCCGAAUUGACCCUCAGAGUAAUUCUUCCCAGCUUCGGGAAGAAUUCCAGACGCUGAACUCGGUCACGCCGCCGCUGGACGUGGAGGAGUGCAGCAUCGCUCUGCUGCCCAGGAACAGAGACAAGAACCGCAGCAUGGAUGUGCUGCCCCCGGACCGCUGCCUGCCCUUCCUUAUCUCCACUGACGGAGACCCCAACAACUACAUCAACGCAGCCCUGACUGACAGCUACACACGGAGUGCAGCCUUCAUCGUGACCCUGCACCCCCUGCAGAGUACCACACCGGACUUCUGGCGGCUGGUCUACGACUACGGGUGUACCUCCAUUGUCAUGCUCAAUCAGCUCAACCAGUCCAACUCCGCCUGGCCCUGCCUGCAGUACUGGCCGGAGCCCGGCCGGCAGCAGUAUGGCCUCAUGGAGGUGGAGUUUGUGUCUGGCACAGCAAAUGAGGAUUUGGUGGCCCGAGUGUUCCGGGUGCAGAACACUUCUCGGCUGCAGGAGGGCCACCUGCUGGUGCGGCACUUCCAGUUCCUGCGCUGGUCUGCUUACCGGGACACGCCCGACUCCAGGAAGGCCUUCCUGCACCUGUUGGCUGAGGUGGACAAGUGGCAGUCGGAGAGUGGGGACGGGCGCACCGUGGUGCACUGUCUAAAUGGGGGUGGCCGUAGUGGCACCUUCUGCGCCUGUGCCACCGUCUUGGAGAUGAUCCGCUGUCACAGCCUGGUGGACGUUUUCUUUGCUGCCAAAACGCUUCGGAACUACAAGCCCAAUAUGGUGGAGACCAUGGAUCAAUACCACUUCUGCUACGACGUGGCCCUGGAGUACCUGGAGGCUCUCGAGUUGAGAUAGCAGGCGCCUGGCUGGGGGCACCCACUGAGCACCCAGGGCGUGGCCCAUCAUCCCAGACUGGUGAGGAGGGCCUGUGCCCCCGACUUUGCUCAGCCAUAAUUCCACAGGGAGAACACUGGAGUGGGCGCUGCACUAUCUUGGUGGCCCCCAUGGGCAGGCUGCAGGCUAAGGAGGAGCUUUGCAAGACUGUAGUCAGCCUCACCUCCGGAGGGCCCUGCAGGCCUGUGCAGAGAAGCCUGGGACAGUGACACCGGCCAGAACAACCAGUACCGGGGGGGACCUCAGGCCAGGCCCUUCCACUCCAUUCCAGUCCUUGGCAAGAAAUGAACGGGGGCCUGCAGAGGGGGUGUCCCAGGUUUGCACCCAGUGUGGCCCCUUCUGCUCAGGGUGGAGGCUCACUGGGGCUUGCCAGUGCGACACGCUGACCUUCCUGCAGCUCUGUUCUCCAUCCCCACCGCCCCUGCAGACUCGGGGGUGCUCUGCUCACCGUGCUCCCCGCUUCUGCUUCUGAGAUUCCUGCAACAGGACCUGUGCCUCCCUCCCGGGCUCCAUCCCUGCCUGGCCCGGUAUAUGCAGAAUAUCACCUCAGCUCCCUCUUCCCUAGCCUUCGGGCCUCCGCGGCUCAGUCCUGCUCAGCUUGGGCCUGUGACAAUCCACAAGGCUGAAUCACAGCCCCCGGGGUUGAGGUCCCUGUGGCUCUUGGUGAGGCUGCCGCUGGGUUGAGGCAGGGUAGAGCAGGGCUGGUGACGGUUCCAGAGUUCAGAGGAAGAAGGGUGCUAUGGGAUGGAGGACCAGUACCUUUCCGUUGUUAUUUCGUUCUUUUUUGAUGGGAGGGUGGGAAGUUCUCUUUAUAAUGGGGUAGGCCACACCCCCAUUUCGUGCCUCAAUUUCCCCAUCUGUAAACUGUAGAUAUGACUACUGACCUACCUCACAGGGGGCUGUGGGGAGGUGUAAGGUAAUGUUUGUAAAGCGCUUUGUAAAUAAACGUGCUCUCUGAAUGCCA